CUGCGGCACUUUGGAGACCGAGAAGCGGACGCGGGAGGCGUGGGAUGACAAAACAGGUAGGAAAACCAUCUCCUCUUGUAAAAUCUCUCCUCGACACUCUCUUUUCCCUGCGGUUUGAGCCCAGCACUUCUCGCUGGCGCAGUCGUUUCUCUCUGUUUUCUCUGUCCGCGAGCCCUUCGAGGCAGUCCCCGGGCCCCUGUUUUGCCUCCUGCCUCGAUACUUCGCAAGCGGCCGAGUCUCUGCUCUUGAAGAAGCGUUCAAGAGCUCAUCCUCCGUUGUCAUUGAAACCUGCGACAAGCUUACCAAGAUGCAACUGAAGAACGAGGUGACCACGGGCGGCGUCGUGGCCACCCCGGAGCCCAAGACAGCCCCUGAGAACCUCGACGGGUACCAGGUCCCGCUCGGCUCCAUCUCCGGGCCGGCUUAUGUCACCAGCCAGCUGCUUGUCCAGCAGACGGCCUACAAGUUGUCGGACAAGAUCUUCUCCUUCUCCCCAGAGACCUUCGACCUCGACCUCGCCGUCAAACAGUGGUCGCAUGCCGCCGAGAAGAACAUCCAUGGCGAAACCACCACGGUUGUGCCGCUCCAGACCCGCGCCGGCGCCGGCACCUUUGCCCUGGGCUACAUCUUCUCUACGGACUUUGACCUCAGCAAGCGCCACAUCCCCCAGACCCUGCUGGCUCCCUCGCUGAGCCUCCGACACCUGCGCUCUGCCCUGGACCAACUCUCGCUCCUCUACGCCGUGGCCAGCCCCUUCGUUGCCCACAUCGCCGCUGCUGACUACUCGGCCCACGACGGCCUCGUCACCGAGUACGAGAGCGCCCUCCAGAUCGCCGAGGACCUGGGGCUUGGUCUCGUAUCCAGCGCCUCGGCUUAUGAGGCCCAGCACAUGUCGCUCCUUGCCACGCUCCUGGCCACCUUGCUGCCGACUCUGCAUGUCUACGAUGGUCUCCGGACUGCCAGGGAGACGCUGAAGGUGGUGGACGCGCUGAGCGAGGCCGCCAUUGCCGAUCUUUACAAGAAAAUCGCCAAGGAGGCUGUCUCCCUGAACAAGAGGCUGGACAUCGCAGGCAAGUUGGUUGAACUCCUGCGUUUGUUCAACAGCGAGCUCGGCACUUCCUAUGCCCCAUUCGAGUACCACGGACACGAGGCACCGGAGCUGGUUCUUGUGGUCUUUGGCAGCGCCGAGGCUCAGCUUGCCAAGCAGGUCGUGAACACGCUGGCUGCUGAGGGUAAGAAGGUCGGCGCAAUCAACGUUCGCAUCUACCGGCCUUUUAUUGAGGAGGCCUUUCUUGAGGUCCUCCCCGAGUCGGUGCAUCAGAUUGCCGUACUCGGCCAGGUCCGCGAUACCGCGGCUGUGGACGACGCCUCGGUGCAGUCCGCCCUGUACUCGGACGUCCUCACUGCCGUGUCCUUUGCUGACCGGUCGAGCGAGGCGACUGUCGUCGACGUUAAAUAUGCGGCGUCGACCACUCACACGCCUAGCUCGAUUGCCUCCAUCAUUCGCCGGCUCACCAGCAAGGAUAACCAGGGUGAGGUUAGGCUAGCUUUGCACGCUCUGGAGCAGGUUCGCCAGUAUACUUUCUGGGAUCUCGACAACUCGGCCGCCGUUGGUGCACCUUCGGCUCUCGGUAAGCUGCUUGCUCGCGAGGCACCGAGUAAUGUCUACGUCCACGAGGCGUACGACAAUCUCCUCCAGGGUGGCGCUCUUCGCACCGAUAUCCGUAGCUCCGAGAAGCCCAUUGAGGCGCCAUUCGCCAUUGAGGAAGCUGAUGUUGUCUUCGUUGGCGAGGAGAAGCUGCUCAAGGAUGUCGAUGUGAUCAAGGGAUCAAAGUCUGGCAGCAAACUGAUCCUCCGGCUGCCCAACUUCAAGCCAGAGGACCUCGAGAAGCGGGUCCCGGCCCCGGCGAGGAAGCAAAUCCAAGAGAAGGGUCUGGAGCUCUUCGUGCUGGAUUCUUCUUUUUCACCUGCCCUUGAAAAGGAUGGCCAACUCCUUGCCCAGCUCGCCUUCCUGCAAGUUGCCCGGCCCGACCUCACGCUGCCCCAGCUUUCCAAGAUGGCUGAAGUUGCCCAGGAUCAAGUGACCCUGGCAGAGGUGUCCGACGCCCUGCAGCAAGCACUCAAGCAAGUCGAGAUCCCUGCUGCCUGGAGCGAGGCUGCUGAGCCUCUCACCGCCCCUCUAGUGCAGCCAAAGCACACCAGCUUUGUCCCCUUCCAGAAGGACGAGCCGGAGCCGUCGCUCAAGGUCGAUAGCUUCCAGGAGGCUGCCAAGGGCCUCGUCUUCAAGGAGGCGUACGGCACGCAAAUCGACCUGCGUCCUGACCUCACCGUCAAGACGUUUACCAUCACCGUCAAGGAGAACCGCAGGCUCACCCCGCUCACAUAUGACCGCAACAUAUUCCACAUUGAGUUCGACCUCGGCGACUCGGGCCUCACCUACAACAUCGGCGAAGCCCUCGGCGUCCACGCGGACAACGAUGCUAAGCAGGUGCUCGACUUCAUUGAGUUCUACGGCCUCAAUGCCGAUGACCUCGUGCAGGUGCCGUCGCGCGAGGACCCCGCCGUGUUCGAGACGCGCACCGUGUACCAGUCUCUUGUGCAGAACAUUGACAUCCUCGGCAAGCCCCCCAAGCGUUUCUUCGAGGCGCUGGCCGAGUUCGCGGCGGACGAGGCCGAGAAGAAGAAACUCGAAUUCCUGGGCGGCAAGGAGGGUGCCGAGGAUUUCAAGCGCCUGUCCGAGGUCGAGACGGUCACCUACGUCGACGUGCUCCAGCGAUUCCAGUCGGCGCAUCCGGCGUUCGCCGACCUCGUCCGCAUCGUCGCCCCGCUCAAGCGCAGAGAGUACAGUAUCGCUUCGGCGCAGGCCGUCACGCCGACGUCGGUCUCGCUCAUGAUUGUCGUCGUGGAUUGGGUCGACGCUCAGGGCCGCCAGCGCUACGGCCAGGCCAGUCGCUACCUGUCGCUGCUCAAGCCCGGCACCGCCGUUACGGCCUCGGUCAAGCCCUCGGUCAUGAAGCUCCCCACCAAGGACACGGCGCCGCUGAUCAUGGCCGGCCUCGGCACGGGCCUCGCCCCCUUCCGCGCGUUUGUGCAGUACCGCGCCAUGCAGAAGGCGCAGGGCAAGGACAUUGGCGCUAUCCUGCUGUACCUCGGCAGUCGCCACCAGCGCGAGGAGUACCUGUAUGGUGAGGAGUGGGAGGCGUAUGUGGAUGCGGGUGUCAUCACGCUGCUGGGCGCCGCCUUCUCGCGCGACCAGCCGCAGAAGAUCUAUAUCCAAGAUCGCAUGCGGCAGACCAUCAAGGAUAUUGUCAAGGCGUACAUCGCGGAGGAGGGCUCGUUCUACCUGUGCGGGCCGACCUGGCCGGUGCCGGAUGUUACGGCUGUGUUGGAGGAAGCGAUCGCCGUGGAGGCGAAGGAGAGUGGGAGGAAGGUGGAUCCGCGGAAGGAGAUUGAGCGGUUGAAGGAGGAUGGAAGGUAUGUCUUGGAGGUGUACUAGAGUUGGAAAUACUAGCGGGUUUCAAAUUCUGCGGCUUCAAUUUAUUUCAGUCAAGGCCUUAUAAGAUUGUGCUUUCGUCGA